CGAGUCGAGGUCCUGAAAGUGUUUCAGGAUUCAUUAAUCUCUCUCUCAGGGAUUUUUUCCUUCGUUUAUUCCGCCGUCUUCCGUGUCUAAAUAAAAAAAAAAACAACAGGGCUUUAUCCAGCAAUCGCCGGCCAUGUCGGAGACAUACGAUUUCUUGUUCAAAUUUCUCGUGAUUGGGAAUGCAGGGACGGGGAAGUCAUGUCUUCUUCACCAGUUUAUAGAAAAUAAAUUCAAAGAUGACUCCAAUCAUACCAUAGGCGUGGAGUUUGGAUCAAAAAUAAUCAACGUGGUAAAUAAAUUUGUCAAGCUCCAAAUAUGGGACACUGCAGGCCAAGAGCGAUUCAGGUCAGUGACACGAAGCUACUACAGAGGAGCAGCAGGGGCCCUCCUUGCAUAUGACAUCACCAGCCGAGAAACCUACAACGCUCUGACUAACUGGUUGACGGAUGCUAGGAUGCUGGCCAGUCAAAACAUUGUCAUUAUUUUGUGUGGUAAUAAGAAAGACCUGGAUGGGGACAGAGAGGUCACCUUCCUGGAGGCAUCCCGCUUUGCGCAGGAGAAUGAGUUGAUGUUCCUGGAGACGAGUGCCCUGACGGGGGAGAAUGUGGAAGAGGCCUUUGUGCAAUGUGCCAGGAAAAUCCUCAACAAAAUUGAGUCAGGAGAGCUCGACCCUGAACGCAUGGGCUCAGGGAUUCAGUAUGGAGAUGCGGCUCUGCGCCAGCUCCGCUCGCCUCGUCGGGCUCAGGCCCAGAGUGCCCAGGAAUGUGGCUGUUAGUCAAAGGGCCUCAAUGCAUUGAGAACCAAGGUGUGCUGAGACAAGGAGGACAGAUGCAGGGACUGUGAGGUUGAGCCCAGCAAGAUGGAGCGACUCUUCCCUGACCUUCCUUUCCCUUUCAAACAGAGGUACUGUCAGAGGGCCCCAGACAGUAUCAGAUCCCUGGGUCAUCUUUGGACACCCAGCUUGUUCCAGGGCUUCUUCAAGUGGAGGACACCCCUAUAUUCUCCUCCCCCAACACAAUACCAGAGUGGUUCAACACCACUCGUCAUUGUUGCCAUUACCCCUCAUUACCCUUACUUACAUAGUGUAUGUACAUAGUAUGGAUUUCCCUGUAAAUCUCAUAAAGCAUGUUCUAUGGACUGAAAAACAGUAUUACAUCAAUGGAUGAUGACUGCAAUAUUCAUAAUUGUUUGACAUAUCGUACAAUCUUGUCUUAGUCUUCCAUGGGUAUUUUAUCUGUAGCUUUUAUCACUCACGUUGCUUGCAUUUAAAACAUUUUUGUUUGUUUGUAAGGACACAUAGUGAAUUAGUUUUUAUUUCUUAUUACAUGACUGUUGUUCAUGCUUUGUUAAUUUGUACUUUGAAGGUUGUUUUGUAAAUAAAGUGUCCUGAAAUGUG